GAGAGGCGCUACGCAGGCCUGAAGCCCGGGGAGCUGCCCACGUGUGAGAGCCUCAAAGACACCAUCGCCCGCGCCCUGCCCUUCUGGAACGAGGAGAUUGUCCCCCAGAUCAAAGCCGGCAAGAGGGUGCUGAUCGCCGCCCACGGGAACAGCCUGCGCGGCGUCGUCAAGCACCUGGAGGGGAUGUCUGACGCCGCCAUCAUGGAGCUGAACCUGCCGACCGGGAUCCCCAUCGUGUACGAGCUGGACAAGAGCCUGAAGCCCACCAAGCCCAUGCAGUUCCUGGGUGACGAGGAGACUGUGCGCAAGGCCAUGGAGGCUGUGGCGGCCCAGGGCAAGGUCCAGAAGUGAAGGGGAGGGAGAGCAGCUAGGGCAAUAAACCCGUGAAACCCGA